UUUAACAGCCGUGUGAACCAACUGCGAUCGAUGCCACAGACUUCCUGCACCAGCUCUGACAGAGUUUCCUUCCUGGCAAUUAGCCGCCAUUAACGGAUGAUGUUCCAGACGUGUGCAAGUUGGUAGACGUCUGCUAUCUGUAGAUUUAGACGUGUGCAAAUUGGUAGACGUCUGCUAUCCGUGGAAUUAGAUGUGCAUAAGUUGGUAGACUUGUUCUAGAAAAUUCUGUUUUCAUUCAGCCUCAGACAAAAUGACCGAGUUCGAUGCCGACCUGGAAGAGAUCGUCAGGACGUAUGACCGGAGCAAGAUGGAGCCGAACCUGAGGUCACUGGUCGACCUAGAUAACCCAGUCAUCAACUGGAAGUGGAUGACUGUGGAUUAUGGUGAGACAGAGUACGAGAAAAAGGAACUGGCAGGCACAGCCACCGCCCACGUGCUCUUCUCCGCCAAGUUCGCCAACGACACCCCCACCCCCCAGACCUACACCCUGCGGACCGAGCGCCGCACUAAGUCCACCUGUCAGGUGACCUUCACCAAGACCUUCACCUACGGGGCCGAGGUCAGACUGAGGAUUGGCCCUCCCCUGCCCGUGAUUGAGGCGAAUGCCGGGUUCAAGGCCGACUUCUCCAACACAAACGGGUUGACCAGGGUGACGGAGCACGAGCUGUCCUGGGGCAUCGACACGGAGGUCAUGGUGCCCUCUGGUCAGCAGACGACAGCAGAGCUGGUCAUCAAGGAGGACGACUACAACAGCAAGUUCAGCAUGCUGGCGACCUUCGGGGGGCACAUAUUGAUCAGCUACCACAACAAGAAAAGCAAAGAGCACGUGACCACGAGCACCCGUAGCGUCAAGAACUUCUUCAAAAGCCCGCCUUUUGGCAGGGACGAGAGCGACAGGCCGACCUACCUGGUGCAAGGGGUCUGCAAGUGCAGGUGUGGCAUCGAGCAGUUCGUCAAGCUCACCCAGACACCGCUCACACAGGACUCGGGCUGACGUCAUCCAGGUCACACGGCCCAGUCUGACGUCAUGACUGACUUUGGUUGAGCAACAAUUUGAACAACUAUUUGUGAAGUUAGUGGAAAGACAAAUGUUCAAAAAUUGGAUUCGUUUUGUUCAGUUAACAGUCGGGAACGAGCUAGUCGAAGUAAGGUACAUAACUCAGUUAAACAGGUAAAGCAUAUAUUAAAAUGCGUUGCCUCCCCUGAUUACAUUUUGCGUUUCCUUUGGCACCUAACUGAAAUAAGGUACACAACUCAGUUAAACAGGUGAAGUGUUUCUUAAAAAUGUGUUGCCUCCCCUUUUUUAAAUUUUUAUUUUCUGUACUUGUUCAUUGUCUCAUUACACUUGUAAUGAUUUGUAUCAUAAAAUAAGUGACAUUAUUGUUUAGACUGUAUGAUCUAAAGAAGUGCGGCUAUUUGAAACACAAAUUUUAGGCGUGUGAUAUAAUUGGUGCCCACCUAAGUCCUUCUUACAACUAGUUCUAGUCAAAUUUCUCUUUUUUCAAAUACGGUACUCAUUUUAAAUAAAAUUAUUGUUUAAUUGCGUUCCAAAUGACAAUCAUAUUUAUAAUAAUUUUUAAAAUGAAUAACAGAGGACAGCUUUAAAUUUCAAUACCUGUAUUUGUGCAGGUAGCUUUUCUCAAAGUUCUUGGUCACCUAAAGUGGAGCAGUGUUUUCAGUGUUUGAACUUCUGUCUCUCAUAUUUACGAGUUAUGAGUAGGUUCAACAAAAUAUAAUGUAGAUUUCCAAUGAUUUUCUUUUACACACUUUUAGAAGGAAGGAUUAGUGGAAUUCCUAUCAGUAAACCAAAUGUAAUAUUUCUGAUUGAUUCAGGAAAAAAACUGUAACCCUAAAACAAAUCAAUUUCCAGGGCUUUGAGUUGAAAAAUUAUCAAAAGUGAAAGUAAAGGUAUUGAUUGAAACAUUUUAGCUUUAAAACACAGACAGAAAUGUUAGUUAAAAAACAUCCGGGUAAUGUUACAAUGUAAUAAACAUUUAAUAAAAUGCACAUGGAAAAUAAUUAAAAUAUUGCACAGAUACAGUAGCAGUAUAAAAUUGUAUGACUUAGGUCAGGGGUCAUAGAUAGCACUAAUGAGUAGGGGCGGUUUAUCCUGUUGUAUGGUGGUAGGGGAUAGGGUAUAGUGCUGUAUAGCACUGCCUAUGAUUCUUAUUAUUUUUUCUUUUUACUUAUUGUCCACUAUUUAGAAUGGCAAAUACAUUGACACAGCUGUCUAUACCAUUUGUUUCUUGUUAACUUAUAAUUUAAAGCUGUGUAUAUGGUCUAUAAGGUGGAACUCUAUUAAAAUGUUAUAUAACACUACAUACAUGGUAGGUACAAUACAUCAUAUUUUGAGAUAUAUAUCGUUAAGUGUGUUCAUUAAAAUUGUAAUGGCUUGUUGCUCCUGUAAUUCUUCACUGUGAUUUUAACAGGUUUGAAUAGUAAAAUAUGCUGAAAACCUCACAGUGAAAUGUGUUUUAAACACAGGUAACUCCACCUCACAGUGAAAUGUGUUUUAAACACAGGUAACUCCACCUCACAGUGAAAUGUGUUUUAAACACAGGUAACUCAACCUCACAGUGAAAUGUGUUUUAAACACAGAUAACU